ACAGUCUCAAGUAUCUGCCAAACAUAUAAAGGAACUUACACGGCAACCUGCAAAAGCUUUUGCAAUAACUUUCUGUUUCACUUAAUAAUUCAACCAAACUCAUAAAUAACCAAAAACUCAUUAAACAAAUCUCUCUCUCUCUCUUCUAUGGACUUCUCUCUGAAGCAAUGGAGAAACCAGCAUGCGUCAGAAGAACAACAAGAACGCGAACAACAACAACCUUCUGUCAAGAUGCCAAAACUCCUCUUGGAUACCCAAAAACAACCGCCACCACAACAACAACAACAAAACCCAUCUGCCUCUUCUAUUGCUGCUCCUCUUUCUUUGUUUGUACCUGAACCCAACAGUAAAAUCAGUAACUUGUCAGCUCUUUCAGAUCCAGCCACCAGAUUUCCCAGUAUGGGAGGGAGUUUCUUUAGCUUGGCUCAAUGGCAAGAACUAGAGCUUCAAGCUUUGAUCUAUAGAUAUAUGUUAGCUGGUGCUACAGUUCCUCCUGAGCUCCUUCAACCAAUCAAGAAAAGCAUUAUUCACUCUCCAUAUUUCCUUCACCACCCACUUCAACAUUACUCUUAUUAUCAACCUGCUUUGUUGCAAACAGGGUAUUGGGGAAGAGCAGCAAUGGAUCCGGAGCCAGGCCGGUGCCGGAGAACAGAUGGAAAGAAAUGGCGGUGCUCGAGGGACGUGGUGGCCGGCCAAAAAUAUUGCGAGCGCCACGUGCAUCGCGGCCGCAAUCGUUCAAGAAAGCCUGUGGAAAUUCCCACACCUACCUCCUCCACUACUACCACCACAACUACUGCUACUGCUGGUGGUGGCAGCGGUGUCGGCUCUACGGGUGGUGCAGCCAAUGCUGCUGCUGGUUUUAACAGCGCUUCACCCAUUGUUGCACCACCCUUAGGAGCGGUGACUAAUGAGACAAUGUUUUCUUUUUCUGGCCAGUCGCCUUCCUCUGAUCUCCUCCACCUCAAUAAUGGUUGCUCAGAUUCCAAACCUGAAAUCAAAGGUCUCCUCGGAACUCAAAUUGAGGUCACUAACAGAAAUGACGGUCACAUUUUAAGGCAUUUUUUUGAUGAUUGGCCGCGCUCGCACCAAGAACCAGAUAAUGCUAGAAGCAAUUCUAGUUCAAUGAAUUCUGCAACUUGCCUUACAAUUUCAAUGCCCGGAAACUCAUCUUCGGAUGUGUCUUUGAAGCUAUCCACUGGGAAUGGAGAGGAACCAUCAGGCACAAGAGGCAAUGAAAGGGACCAACUGCAAGUAAAUUGGACAGGUACUUGGGGCACGAACCAUAUGGCAUCCAUGGGAGGACCUCUUGCUGAGGCACUCAGAUCUUCCACCAAUUCAUCACCAACUAGUGUUCUGCACCACUUGACUCGCGGCUCUAUCUCUGAAACUACCUUUGUUAGCUCUUAAUCAUGGUUUUUGUUUUGUAUAUACAUAAAUAAUGGGUUUGUUUUCAUGCGUGUUGUUGGGUGCUAAAACUAUUAAGACACCCCUCCAGUCAUAAUUCUAAUUUGUAAGAUUUGCAUGGUUGUUUUCGAUUCUUUUAAUUGGACAAGUGCAAUGAAUGUUUUAUUUGUUU